GGGGCAGGCGAUUAUUGCACGAUUGUACGGCCUUGCAAGCAAGAACUGUGCCGCACCGCUAUGUGCACAACCCAAACAAAUGCAACGCAUGCCAUGCGGCAGCCUCUGAGGUGAAUAAGUGCUGCCCACCACAGAGCCCUAUUCGAGCACUACUCGGCCCGGGCGUGCGCGACCUCAUCCGACGCAGCAACUGAGACAUGCCUCCACCACCACGGCGCCGCCGCAAGCCGCGCGCCAAGUGCUUCGUUUUGCUACCGGUGCUCGGCGCCCUGACGCUCUACGCCUAUGUUGUCCUAAAACAUUUCCGGCCCACGACGGAGCAGCAGCACACGGUGGAGGAGUGGGUCGACGACGACCCCAAGACGCACUUCUUCCGCGAGGAAGCUUUGUUGCAUCAGCCGACGCCGGCCCCGUCCUACUCCACAAAAACGGACGACGCCAUCCGGUCCUUAUACCGCGGGCCGCGGGGCUGCUGGCGCACGCAGGAGCGCGCGCCCGCGCGGGCGUCGAUCCACUCGGCGUUCACCGGUUCAGUAGUUACAAAUGACUCAUUCGUGAGUAUUGCGACACAAUUAGCGCAGCCGGAGCCGUUUCCCGAGAGCAGGGACUUGUGUCGGGUCGAUUUUACGCUCGUGACGCAAGCGUCGGCGGAGCGGCUGUGGAUGCUCGACCACAUUUGCCAGCGGUGGCACGGGCCCAUCGUCAUUUCCGUCUACGCGCCGAUCACGGAGAAGAUCCAGACGGAGCGGGACAAGUGCUACCCGAACCAGGUGGAGUACAUCAUCACGACCGUCAAGCUGCACAUCUACAGCGACCACUCGUCCUACCCGGUUAAUAAAUUGAGGAAUAUGGCCAUUUCGAGAGUAAGGACGUCGCAUUUCUUACACGCUGAUAUCGAUCUCUGGCCAGAUGCUAAUUUACUACCGAGGUUAAAGCGACUGUCGAGCAUGGCGCGGCACAACCACACCUUCGCGGACCCGCGGCAGGCCAUCGUGAUCGCGGCCUUCGCGCGCGAGGUCAAGACGGACUGCGCUUCUUCCACGGCCAAGGCCCAGCGAGAUAAAUACCGCGUCGACCUCAAAUUGUGUCACCGGGAAGCGGACCAGAUCCCCGACUCCUUCGAGACGCUCAAGAAGUGCAUCAUGGCCAAGGACUGCCACAUUUUUGAUCGGUACAACCACGACGGCCACGGCACGACGGAUUAUAGGAGUUGGUUGCACGGCUUUGACGGGGGGAAGAGUCUGAAGCCCGUGUCGUGUUUUGGAUCCAAUAGAUACGAGCCCUACGUCGUGCUGAGGAAGUCGCCGCUCUUACCCAUGUACGAGGAGCGGUUCACGGGCUACGGCAAAAACAAGAUCGAGCAGAUCGUCCACUUGAGGUAUGCGGGCUGGCGCUUCCAGGUUUUGGGGAGAAGUUUCUUGACGCACUUCCCGCACCACAAGAGCGCGGCGCGCGUCGAGUGGGAGGAGACUCAAGAUGCGGACGGCAACACGCACCGCGACCGCAUGGAUCAUUUAUACCGCGAGUUCCUCGCGCAGCUCAUGUACGCCUACGGCGCGCCCGGUUCCAAAGACGAAGCGCACGCGAGGCACACGAAGAUAUGUAAUACUUAAUAUUUAAUAAA